AUGGAAAUCAGUGAAAGCAAUGACACAAAUUAUUGCAAAGGUGCCUUAUCAAACAGUAACAACAUUCACAUUAUCUAUGAAGAUAUAAAUCAAAAUACAAAUGAAAAGUUAAAAAUUCAUGAUUGGAAAAAUGACAGACACAUAGGUAGGAAAAGAUCAAAAAAAGGGUAUCAAUCAAAUUUGGUAUAUUAUAAUCAAAAAAAGGAAAAAGAAUUUGAAUAUGAGAAAAAGCAAUUUCUAACCCCAGAAAAAAGUAAUUAUAAUUAUUCUGUAAUCAGUUUAAGCAAAAAGAAUAAUUUAACACAACAGAGUAGCAAAGUCCAUACAGAUAAGGUAAAAAGGGAUAACAUCUAUAUUAGUUCAGUAUCAGGGAAGAAUAAAGUACAAGGCAAUAAUAAAUUUAUUCAUUAUGUGAGGACUGACAAUGGGAAUGGAAAAAACCUAAACAAAACCAACGGUAGUAGUAAUUAUGUCAGCGGUAGUAGUAAUUAUGUCAGCGGUAGUAGUAAUUAUGUCAACGGUAGUAGUAAUCAUGUCAACGGUAGUAGUAAUCAUGCCAACGGUAGUAGUAAUCAUGCCAACGGUAGUAGUAAUCAUGCCAACGGUAGUAGUAAUCAUGCCAACGGUAGUAGUAAUUAUGUCAACGGUAGUAGUAAUUAUGCCAAUUCUUAUAUUGGUGAUUAUAAGAACGAUUGUGGGUAUGGCUACAACAACAAUUAUGACAAAAAAGAGAACGGUAACUCUUCAAAACAUUGUCAUAAAGGAAAAAUUUACAGUAAAGAAGAUAAAUGUACUCUUCAGUACAGUAAUAAGAACAUUCAAAAUGGGGAAGGGUUUAGGUUGACCAAAGAACUCCUCGAUGUUCUAAAUAAAAGGAAUGAAAUUUUGAAUGAUCAUGAUGAUGAUGAAAAUGAGGAAGAUGCAGAUAACGAGAAUCAAAAUUUUCUCAUUUAUGUAAAAAAAAAAAUUGAGGAAAAGAGAUACAAAAUAGGGGAGAAAAGUAAAGGUGUAGGAGGUGGUGGAGAAAGAAUACGAGGUAGAGAGAAUGGAAAAAUAAGUGAUAAUACUGAUUUAGACGAUCCGUUUUUAGACCAUAUUACUGAUCUUCUGAGUUCCCAUUUGCAUGACCAUUCAGAUUGGGGGGAAAAAAAAAGUAAAAUAAAAUUCCACAAUAGUCAUAAGGACAUACCGAGUAAAGGAAACGAUGACAAAGAGAAAAAACACAGAGGGAGUUAUGUCAGAAAAAUUGAACUCAGCAACAUCAUGGGUGAAGAUAAAAAUGAUCUUGAAGACACAUACAGUAGCCGAAUUGAUAUUCGCAAUAGUUGUUAUAAUAGCAACUGCAAUGAUGAUACUAGAGGAACUUGUAAUGGGAAUCGUGAAUUGUCAUACCAGUUAGAAACACACAAAACGAUUAAUGAUAGUAAUUCCAUAUUUAGUGAUGAAUCGACUAAAGUGUAUGUAAACAAAAAAAACAAUGUUUAUUUUAACAUGUGUGAAAAUCCGUGUGACAUGUGGUAUGGAUUGAGAAAGUGGAAUGGCCAGCGAAUUUUUAUCACAAGUUUAAAUGGAAACAGGAAGAAGAACGUCAACAAUAGUCGAAGCAGCAGCAGAGGCAGGGGCAGGGACAGCGGCAAUAACAGCAGCAACAACAAUAACGACAAUAACAAGAAUAAUAACAGCAGCAAUAACAACAAUAACAGCAGCAGCAACAACAACAGUAACAACAGCAGCAACAAGAACAGUAACAACAGCAGCAACAAGAACAGUAACAACAGCAGCAACAAGAACAGUAACAACAAGUGUUUAGGAUCCAAGUGUAGAAGUGGAGGCGUUGAGCUUGGAAAACCAAGGAUCUCCAACGAGAGGCUAGUAAGUGGUAGAGGCAUCACUGUCAAGUGCAUAAAUAACCCAAAGGGAAGCAACUACUUAAGAAGCGACAGAAUAGAAAGUGUCUCGAGCAAGAAGCAUAAAAGGAAGGGCAAUAAUAUCAGCAGCACGCAUAUCAAGACGAAAGCAAAAAACAUUGAACGAUAUUACAUCAGCAAAAAGAAAGAAAACAAUGGUAUUGUUACAAAAAUGAGAGAUGAUAAACCAUGCGGUAGGAAGAGUCUCAAAUACGCUGACAAGUAUGUUAAGUGCAAUGAUGAAUUGGUUUCGAAAUAUUACCCGAAGAGAUUAAACAGGCAUGGUAGGAAUAAUGGACCUGUCUGCGAUUCAGAAAGUGUGUUAGAUAGCGAACAAUCGGACAACACUAUUGCUACUAUGCAUAUUGAUGGCAAUUGGAAAUACAAUGAAAAUAAGAAAAGGUAUAGAAAUAACAACCCCUACAAAUUUACCUCAUACAAUAAUGGUGAUAAAAAAAUUGCGCAUAGUAAAAAUGUACCAAAUAAUAUUAUGCAGUUGGAAAAAAUAGCGAACAAUUUCAUCAUAUCUGACAAUGAUCAUCAGCUAGCUAAAAAGUCAUCCAAAAAAAAAAAAAAAAAAAAAAAAAAUAUUAUGACAUGGUCAGGCAAAAAUGAGAACUAUAGAAAUACACACAAAGUACAUUUUUUCCCCAUAAAAAAUGACAAUAAUAAAAAGAAAAAAAGUAACUAUUACGAUAGAAAAACAAUCAAAACUAAUGUUAGAAAUGUCUUUGACGACCUCGGCGAUGCUAAUAAGGCACCAUUCUCUACUAAACGUGAUGGCAUUCACAAGAAUGAAAAUGUAAAUGAAAAUGUAAACGAAAAUGUAAACGAAAAUGUAAACGAAAAUGUAAACGAAAAUGUAAACGAAAAUGUAAACGAAAAUGUAAACGAAAGUGUAAACGAAAAUGUAAAUGAAAAUGUCGAAUGUAAAGCAAGUUCUAGUGGUAGCACAUCCCAGAACAACAAUAUACACGUGUGCGAACGGUCGAACAGUGGUGAUAACUUGAAAAGUCAUUAUGCUACAUUGCAUGAUGAAAAAGGAGGAGAAGCAAAUUCGAAUUUAGAAGCAGAUGCAAAUGUUGAAGCAAACGCAAAUGUAGAAGCUGACGGUCGUAGGAACAACAAUUCACAUAUUACCCCACCAUGCACAGCUGUGCAAGAAGAAAGUAAGGAAAAGAACACAGAAAAUAAUUGCAUCCAUUGCCUUGUAUCACCCUUUAAGCAUAGUAAAUCCGAAUGUCCCCAUGCUGUGAAACCGAAUGCCAAAGGAAAAGUAGCUCAUAGGAUUUACCAGCAUCGCAAAAGUGGAUUAAAGAAAAGGAAUAUUUAUAAGUUGGAAAAGUUAAAGACAUAUAACAACAGCCACAGUUACAGUAUUAUCAAUGACUUUUACAACCCUUUAAGGAUUAAUAAAGAAUAUGAAAGGAAGUAUACUUCUUCCGUAUUCUCUGUUCAUGGUGCUAGUAUAGUAGAACGAAAAACUUGUAAUGACAUAAGUGAGUGUUGUACCAUAAGAAAAGAGACAGAUUGUGUUAUUGAUUAUAAUUUUUAUCAUCCACAUAGUAGCAAAAAUGGAAUAUCAAGUAAUAAUCAUAAGUUAUCUGAUUUUGUUAAAGAAGAAAAUAUGAUGAGUGCAAACGGAAGAGACAAAUUAAAUUCGACAAAUUUUUCGUACAUAAGUGAGAACAAUAGGAAAUAUAAAAAUUCUUAUUAUAAUAAUUCCAAGUUUGACAUGUCAUACGAUAUUGAAGAAGAAACAAAAAAGAGGAAGAAAAAAAAAUGGAAUAUUAAUAACAUCGGUAGUAGUAGUAGUAUUACUUGUGGCAAUAAUUACAGGAAAAAGUUUAGUAAUCAUUUGAAUAGUAAUAAUGCAUUUUUUGGUAAAAAAACUGUUUAUAAGAACCCAAGAGAGAGGGUGCAACAUAUACUGGCUACCACAAGGGGCUUAGACUCGUAA